CUGAUUUGUACACGUUAGGCACUCUUCAUGGGCAUGGCAGACAGUCUUUCCAGAAUAUAUUUAUCACUUUGAAAUGACAAGGAGAAGAGCCAAUUGAGUAUCAAAAAGCAACAAUGACUGACUAUGAAGAAAUGAUGGAGGGGAGCAAUCCCACUGCCGACGAUUCGGAUCAUGGUGAGAAGAACCAACAUGAACAGACAACGGCGGGCAGGGAUGACGGCGCUGGACUCAACAUAAAAGGAGGAACAGAGCAAAGCGAAGAUGACGAAAUAAGAAAUAGGAGCACUGAUGAGGAAAGACAAGCAGAAGCAGAUGAUGAUGGAGCUGAUGAGGUGGAGGAGGAGGAUGCGGGAGAGGUGAAUGUUGCAUCACCCAAGUGUUGGGGUUUGUGUCCCCGCUGGGAUUUCACCGCCAAGGAGUACUGGGAGGAGGUGAAAAUCCUACUCAAACUUGCUUGGCCUAAUGUGUUAUACAUGCUCCUUGAAGCUAUGAUGACGAUUAUGGCUGUUCUAUUCAGUGGGCACCUGGGCAAGAAUGAACUAGCAGCUGCCUCACUAGCUAACUCGAUUACGACUGUUUUCACGCGCUCUGUUGGCUUAGGAUUUGCUUCCAGUUGUGAUACACUCUUUACUCAAUUUUAUGGUAGUCCCAAGAAGAAACACAUAGGAGUGAUCUUACAACGUGGUAUGCUGAUCAUGGGCUUACUCUGUUUUGUAUGCUGGGGGAUCCUCAUCAACGCUGAAACUAUCUUAUUAUUAGCACAUCAGAGCAGCGAGGUAGCUAGGUUGACUGGUGUAUAUUGCCUUAUCUACAUUCCGGCAGUACCUGGAGACUACGUUUCCAUGUUGCUCAUCAAAUAUCUACAGUGUCAGAGCCGACUACUGCCUGUCGUCGUGACAACAUUGAUCACAAAUGUGAUAGCUGCUGGUCUUUAUUAUGUCUUCAUUUAUGUUUUUGAUUUGAAAUUAGUAGGCACAGCUAUAGCGCAGGUUUUAUCACAUUACAUUCUUACUGGCCUCGUCAUUGGCUACAUCGUGUGGAAGAAACUGCACAAAGAAACCUGGUCAGGUUGGAGUAAGGAGUGUUUAGAUGACUGGAUGCCUAUCUUCAAGCUUGGUAUGGCGGGAUGUAUGAUGGUGUGUCUGGAAUGGUGGAGCUUUGAUGUAGGGUUCUAUCUAGCAGGUUUACUUAAUGAGGAAUCGAUCGGAGCUCAUGCUAUCAUCAUGUACACAGCUACUACAGGUUAUAUGUUUCCAUAUGGUAUUGGCAUAGCAGCAUCAAUCAGGAUUGGAAAUAGCCUUGGCGCUAGGAAGCCAGGUAUCGCCCAUGUUGCAUCAGUAGCAUCAUUAUCACUUGGAGCGGUUGCUUCUGUUAUCCUGGCUAUUUUGUACGUCGCACUCAAAGAUUUAAUACCAUACCUAUUCACAUCAGAAAGCCUCAUAGUAAAGCUAGCCUCUUCUAUUCUGCCCAUAUGUGCCAUGUUUGCAUUACUGGAUGCUACUGCUACGGUGUGUGGUGGAGUGAUUCGAGGUACAGGUCGGCAGGCAGUCGGGGCAGUAGUCGACCUCUUGGGAUAUUAUCUCAUAGGGCUCCCUCUUGGGAUCUCGCUCAUGUUUCCACUUCAUAAAGGGAUCUAUGGUUUUUGGAGUGGUAUGACAUUGGGGUUGUUCAUCCAAGCUCUCUUCCUUGUUGUCUUCACUCUCCGAUUAAGUUGGAACAAUGAAACAAGAAAGGCACAGCAAAGAAUCAGACGAGCAGGGUUGCAUGUAGAGGAGACAUGUGCUCCUAUCAGCUCAAAUAAUCACGCUGCCUCUCAGACAGAGCUGGAAGGGGACGAGGAAGAAGAGUUGAUAACAACCAAUGGACGCGAUAAUGGUUCAAGCGAUGGAAACCCUCCCGUAGCAAACGGAUACUCUAAUGGAUUAUGUAUGAAAGACCUAUCGGGUCGUAAACAGCCCGGUUCUGUCGUGGAUUCUAGUUCAAACACAGAAGGGAGCUACGGUGAUGAUCAGUGCGACGGUAUCAGACCAGUGCCUCUGCACGAUUACCUCCAAGUCAGGACUGAUGAAGGUAGUGCGGAGGAAUCCAACGCGAGUGCAAAUAAUAGCUCAUCAUUGCAUCAGAACGGGAACGUUGUGUGCAGCGAGGUCACCAAAAUGGAAGAAGCCUCCAGGGACUUGCCAGGGAAGACAUCGGUUUGGGAGCUUGUACAAUUGCGCGUCGUGAUUUUAUGUCUGUGUAUUGUCUACCUUGGACUUGCCAUCAUUUGCCGAGUGCUGGUGGUGCCUGAUUUAAGGACGAUCGCCAUCGAGAGAGAAAUGUCGUCGGCCAACCUCACCAACGUCACAUCGAUAUUUUCACCUACGGAGGCUGUUCAGUAUACCGAGUUGUUUUAGGAGCAUUCAAAAACAACUAGAUGUCAACCUCAUAAUAGAAAUAUAUAUUAAAUGUUUUAUUAAAAUCAACACCAAUUGAACCGUCCACCUCGACAUCAUACAGAGAAAAUUAAUUGCUUAAACCAUUACUUAAUACUGCCUUCGCUACUGCCAAUGAGAGGUUGCCUCUUAAUAUCAGGCAUAUAUGACUAAACUCUCUAAUUGAAUAUUCACAUUCAUUGAUACAGUCUACUUAUGAUAAAAGCAAGGGAAAGGUUUUUUUUCUGAUUCUUCAGAAACCUCAAGGUGUUCUGUUGGUACUGUGUACUAAGUAAUUAGUACAUAAAUCCUAUGAUUUUGAUAAUUUUAUGAGGGAUUAUGAUAAGCCCAUACACUGCAUUUAUUGCGCAAGUGCACCAAUUUAGUUCCAAAUACUAAUGGACCCUCCCAAAUACUAUCAUUCUUAUUCUGACGUUAUUCUUCUAUCAUAGUAAAUUGGAAUGUCUCAAUUUUCCCUGAAUUCCGAGGUACAAGGUCGUGUUAUUCAAAUUUUGAAAUGUAUUUGUAUCAUUGACCCAUUUAUAUAGCUCAACUCUACCGCAUGUCCUAGACAAUUUUUUUGUUAAUUGUUGUUUUAUCAAAGCAGAAACACCCUCACAAGAUAUUUGACAACGUACAUAAUGCAUUUCGAUGUAAUGCUUCGAUAUAUAUGGCAUUGGAUAAAUUUGUGUUGGAUAUAAACAGGAUGUAUAUGAGCAAUAUCUGAAUCAGAUAUU